AUGAUUUCGAUGCUUCACCCAAACAUCCAAACGCUCUUCUUGGCCUCUCUUUACAAUGUGUAUCCGUUUUCGAUGGCUCGACUGAUCUACAUCUAUUAUCAGAUCCCUGUGACUUGUGAAGUUCAAGCAGAGACAUGGAACUCUUGCUUGAUCCCAAUCAUUUUCUCUUCAUCCUUUUGCAUUUUCGUAUGGACGGCGAAUGCAACCGUUCUUUCGAUUCUUCUACUCGAGCGAAUCAUCGCCAUCAUCCUCGUCGACACCUACGAGAAGAAAUAUUAUCAUAAAGAGUUGAAAGCCCUACUCGUUUUCCCCUUUCUUGUCGCAGCUUUUUUCGCAAAUCUCUACACCUUUGGC